UUGAUCUUCAAAGAAAUGGGUUCUAAUCUUCGUCUUUCUUCUUCUCUAAUUACAUUUACAUUAUGGGUAAUAUUGUUGAUCACCAUUACUACUACUACUACUUCAGCUCAGCUCUCAACCAAUUUCUACUCUAAAUCUUGCCCAGACCUCUUCCCUACUGUCAAAUCCGUUGUUCACUCUGCCAUUGCUAAAGAGGCCAGGAUGGGCGCUUCUCUCCUUCGUCUCUUUUUCCACGACUGUUUUGUCAAUGGAUGUGAUGGGUCCAUCCUACUCGACGACACAUCAAGCUUCACCGGAGAAAAGAGAGCCGCUCCAAAUGCUAACUCCGUUAGAGGAUUUGACGUAAUUGACCAAAUCAAAUCCGCCGUCGAGAAGGCUUGCCCAGGUGUCGUCUCUUGCGCCGAUGUGCUUGCCGUUACCGCCAGAGAUUCCGUCUCCAUUCUUGGAGGGCCAUAUUGGAAUGUUAAAUUGGGAAGAAGAGACGCAAGAACAGCUAGCCAAGCAGCUGCAAAUUCAAGUAUUCCACCACCAACCUCUAACCUCAACGCCCUCAUCUCCAGCUUUAACGCCGUCGGCCUCUCCGCUAAGGAGAUGGUUGUUCUCUCCGGUUCUCACACAAUUGGACAAGCAAGGUGCACCUCUUUUAGACCAAGAAUAUACAACGAAACCAACAUCGACGCUUCUUUCGCCCAAACCAGGAAGAACAAUUGCCCCUCCAGGACUGGAUCAGGGGACAACAAUCUCGCACCGUUGGAUCUUCAAUCCCCAACAUUUUUUGACAACAAUUACUACAAGAAUCUCAUCGCUAAUAAGGGUUUGCUUCACUCAGAUCAACAGCUCUUUAACGGCGGCUCUACCGACUCAAACGUAAAGGCAUAUGCUAACAGCCAGAGUAGCUUCGCGGCUGAUUUUGUGGCGGCUAUGAUCAAGAUGGGUGAUAUUCGUCCUCUUACCGGUUCGAAUGGAGAGACCAGGAAGAAUUGCAGGAGGGUUAAUAAUUAAUUAAUCAAUCAAAUCAAUCAAUCAAUCGUAAUCCGGGCAGCAGUAAUUAUAUAUGCAUCUUUAUAUUUCAUCAUAUUCAGGGUUUAAGGAAUGUGUGUUUUUUCUAAAUCAUGUCAUUAUUGUAUCUUUCUUUUUGAAUAAUAAAACUAAGAAAUGAAGAAACCUA